AGUUAUUGGUUCAGUAUGUGCAGCAUUGGGUGUAUUGAUGAUCGCAGCAAUAGGCACAGCUUAUCAGAGACGUAAACUAUGGAAACAAUCCCAAUUAAAUCAAGAUGAAGAAUUUAUACUGGAGAAUUCAAAUUCACCAAAUAAACUAUUAUCACUUAGUUCGGAGAAUGAUCGUAAACUUGCACAAUCAGCACAAAUGUAUCACUACCAACAUCAAAAGCAGCAAAUGUUAGCACUAGAAAAGUUAGUCAAAUAUGUUAAUAUCUUCAUGAAACCGUAUCUAGUUGAAUUAAUGUGUCCAAAUACUCGAGCGUGAUGUAUUGUGUAUGAGAAUAAUUUACUUCCUUUCCAGUUCGAUGCGAUUGCUGUUCAUUCUUUCCGUAUCUACUUCCAGUUCUCGACGUUAUGUGUUAUUUGGUGUACCUCUUCUCCUUCGGCGUUAAGCAUCCCAAGUUAUUACCUGCCUUUUGAUGCUGUUGAGUGCAUUCCAUAAUGUGUAUCUCAUCCACCUCCUUCGGUUUUUCCUAAUUUCUUCCUCAUAUGGAAUCUGGUGUUUG